UAAGCCCCACAAUGCCGUGCGGCCACCGGGAUCCUGAUAGGCUGUGCUCGCUUCCCGCCUUCCCCGGGUUUCCGGCUGGGAUCCGGCGGGCGGCGGUUGGCGAGGGCGGCGGUCACGGUGGAAGGCCCGGCGGAGGUCGACCUGGAGGGUCAGGCUGGGACCGAGGCGGGCCGGCGGGCUUGCAGGCUCGGGUUCGGCCCGGGCACAGCCUUGGCCCGCCGGCCGCUCUCCAGAGGAGCCGGUCUCGUCGCCGCGGGCUGCUGAGGCGAGACUCCGGACCUUGGGCCCUCGGGAGGGAGGCCGCCAUGAACUUCUCCGAAGUCUUCAAGCUGUCCAGCCUGCUUAGCAAGUUCUCCCCGGACGGGAAGUACCUGGCUUCGUGUGUACAGUACCGUCUAGUGGUCCGAGAUGUGAACACACUUCAGAUCCUUCAGCUCUACACAUGCCUGGACCAGAUCCAGCACAUAGAGUGGUCGGCCGACUCGCUCUUUAUCCUGUGCGCCAUGUACAAACGAGGGCUUGUGCAGGUCUGGUCUUUGGAACAGCCAGAUUGGCACUGCAAGAUAGACGAGGGCUCGGCAGGGCUGGUGGCUUCGUGCUGGAGCCCGGAUGGUCGCCACAUCCUCAACACAACUGAGUUCCACCUGCGGAUAACUGUCUGGUCCUUGUGUACAAAGUCUAUAUCUUACAUCAAAUAUCCUAAAGCUUGUCAACAGGGAAUCACCUUCACCAGGGAUGGCCGCUACAUGGCACUGGCAGAGAGGCGGGACUGCAAGGACUACAUCAGCAUCUUUGUUUGCAGUGACUGGCAGCUCCUGAGGCACUUUGAGACCGACACCCAGGACCUCGUCGGGAUUGAGUGGGCUCCCAAUGGCUGUGUGCUGGCCGUGUGGGACACCUGCCUGGAGUAUAAGAUCCUCCUGUACUCCUUGGACGGCCGGUUGCUGUCGACCUACUGUGCGUACGAGUGGUCCCUGGGCAUCAAGUCUGUGGCCUGGAGCCCUAGCAGCCAGUUCCUGGCAGUUGGAAGCUACGAUGGAAAGGUGCGCAUUCUAAAUCAUGUGACUUGGAAGAUGAUUACGGAGUUUGAGCAUCCUGUGACCAUUAACAAUCCCAAGAUCAUUGUCUAUAGGGAGGCAGAGAAGAGUCCGAAACUGGGGCUGGGGGGCCUUCCCUUCCCACCCCCGAGAGCAGUGGCCAGGCCUCUCUCCACCAUGGAGACGAAAUACGAGAUUGCCUCCCUGCCAGUCUCUCUGCAGACCCUGAAACCCGUCACCGACAGGGCAAACCCCAGGAUCGGCGUCGGCAUGCUGGCCUUCAGCCCUGACAACUACUACUUGGCAACAAGGAACGACAACAUCCCAAACGCCGUGUGGAUCUGGGACGUUCAAAAGCUCAGGCUGUUCGUGGUGCUGGAGCAGCUGGCCCCCGUGCGCUCCUUCCAGUGGGACCCGCAGCAUGCCCGCCUGGCCAUCUGCACAGGAGGCAGCCGCGUCUACCUGUGGUCACCGGCAGGCUGCGUGUCAGUGCAGGUGCCUGUGGAAGGUGAUUUCCAUGUGCUCGCCCUGUGCUGGCAUCUGAGUGGGGACUCCCUGGCCCUCCUCAGCAAGGACCACUUCUGCCUGUGUUUCCUGGAAACUAAGGAGGGGGCUGGCACAGCCUGAGGGCCUGGGCAAAUGUGCUGUGCUGGCCCAGAGCAGCAGCUCAGCACCGCUCACAAGGGGAAGGAGCAGAGCAUGUCGGGGCUGCUCUCUGACCGUCCACGUUAAAUUAUUUAUUUUUCUAUAGUGAGGCAUUUUUGUAAAUAUGUAUGGUAUGAAACUAAUUUUUAUUACUUAAAAUAAACAUUUCUAGCUCAUAAAAUCAUUGAUGCUUGUUUUCUUGAAGUUUAGGUCUCAAAUAUUUUC